AUGUCUGCUAUCGGCUCUCUCGUCUUCUGCACCGACUGCGGAAACCUGCUCGACGGCAGUGCAGGCAAACAGAACGUCGUCCUGACCUGCACUGUCUGCGGCGCAUUCUGCAAGGAUACCUCCUCCAAGACGGUCGUCACCGUCUCCAAGCCAACAGCUUUCCCGUCGGCUCUGCGCGCAAAGCGGUCAGAGGUGCAGACCCUCUCGGAAGACGAUGUGAACACAACCAGUAAAAUUGCCCAGCGCUGCGAAGAGUGCGGUCGCGAGGAGGUUCGCUACUACACCCAGCAGCUGCGAAGUGCAGAUGAAGGCUCCACUGUCUUCUACGAGUGCGAAUGUGGUCACAAAUGGAACACCAACAACUGA